GGGAGGAGCCGGGGUGGGGGGGCUGGCUGGGGUACACUCUCCCACACACAAAGGAGAGGAAACAACAAAGCCAGGAAGCCUGUCAAGAACCCGGAGUUCACUGCGUCUACUGUAGCCUGCUCUCAUCCAGAAAACAGAAGCGUUGACUUUCCUGUGCCUGCUUUUUUUUUUUUUUUUUUACCAGUACCUUCCCUCUCCUCCUCCGCCCUAUUCUGCCGCUGGGAGAGAAGAAAUUAGCACCUCGAAAGUGUACGCGCAUUUUGAGAGUGAUUCUUGGAUUCAUGUGCUGAGUCAGCUGCCCCCCCGCCCCCCGUGUCGUGAUGAACGGGAGUCAAUGCAGCGCGGCGGACAGUCCGGUAGUCGAUGUCCCGUCCUCAGUGGAGGGUCUGCCGCCGCUGCCCAAAGGCCUGAGCGGCAUCCUGAACUCCAGCGGCGGCUCGUGGCGGGACAUCGAGAAGGUACACAGCAAGAGAGCGCGCAUCCAGGCCGACAUCAGCAGGGGAGGCGUGGACGCGCCACACGUCAACAGCAAGCCCUGCGGACUGGACGCCGCUUUGGCUUUACUGCGGAAAGAGAUGGUGGGUCUGCGCCAGCUUGACAUGUCUCUGCUGUGCCAGCUGUGGUCUCUCCAAGAGGCGAUCCAGGACUACAGGGGCUCCUCGCUUCUGUCUGAGGCCUCUUUAAGUGCUUAUAACGGGGAUUCUGAAGAGGAGGAGGAAGAUGAGGAGGAUAGAGGAGUUCUCUUGCAGCCGCCAUCCUCCUCAUCCUUGUCUGUGCCCCAAGCCAUCAGCAACUCCAGGGACCAGUGGAUCAAGGACUCCUUUCAUAUCCCCUGAUAAUCAUACAGUCAUAUGCACCAUGCUGCAGCAACGUGAUUAUGGUGUCCAAAAUUGGAUAUCUAUUUCUUGACUUUUUAGCCCAUGUGCUCUAGUUUAUAUCCUAUUUUUCUCUCAUCCGUAUUUAUUCUUUCAGCACAACUUCUUACUGGUUAUCUUUUGAUUUUAACACUUAAAUGCAAAAUCAGUGCCCGGUUUAUAAAAGUCAUCUUUCAUUUGCUUGACAUUUGAGGUUUGAACAAGAUUACAAGAUUUCAUAUGUGGCCUUUUCAGAAGCAUCCAUUUUUAUUUUCCAAAUCUUUGCUCCACUGGAUCUUUUUGUCGUUCUACUUGGGUUUUUUUUUUUUACACUCCAGCUAUGUAGUGGUUGGCAGGGGAUGUAAAGUAAGUAGUUAAACUCUACCUGUUGAUAUAUAGUUUUGUGGUAUGUCAAAGGACGGAAAAUCAAUUGCUCUUAAUACAAGCUGUUAACUGUGUGCUCAUGCAGCAGAGAUGGUUUAAAAAAUCUAUUUCUUAGUAUUAGAACAAAAGGACCCACUGCCACAAACCUGUACUAAUCUAUAUUUGUAUACUUGGAUUAAAGGCAAUAGAAGGAUUCUACUGCAGAGCAUGACCAACAGGGGGCACACUGUUUCCAGUGGAGCGCUCCCUCCUUCACCCCUUAAGACCGCCUUCUCCUCUGCGGUCCUGUUUGAAGCAGUCCAGUGGGGAAAACCAUUUGCUGUGGAGGUAGCAGGAAUGAAGGGGGUCGACAAGUGUGUGGACAGUCUCAUGCUGUUCUCUAUUUAUAAUGAACACAUGUUGGGGUUAUUGUUAGAAUCUCUCUGGCGGUCUAGCAGAGAUAAACUGCAUGUGUUCGUUAGCUCUUCAUUUAAUUCUCAUGUUUUUGUGAAUUUGUAUUUAUAAGUGAUAGACAGUUUUAUACAUUUCUUAUCUUCGCUGCCUCGCUUUUCUUUUCUUUUCUUUGUUGUCAUCUUUUGUAUACAGCUGUUAUUAUCACACCGCACUGUUACUUCGGGUCGGGUAAUUGUGCACUACAGUGAGUGAUUAUUAAAAUAAAUAGAGGUUAGACUGGAGGUAAGCACUGUUGAUGUCAAUGAUGUGUUUAAGGGCGGAGGAUUGCAAUAGAGUUUACUGAGGUCUGGAAUACAGAAAAAUAAUAAUUCAGAUGUAAAUAUUUACUUAUAACCAAUGUUGUAACUAAUCAUUUAUUGUCUGAAGACCAUACAGUAAAAAGACUCUGCGAUUAGCAAGGAAAGACUUUCAGCCACUCAUUUGUUUUCUUGUUUUCAUUCUUCAGCCUGACAAGCGACUCAAAAAACCUAGAAUGGAACUGGAGUUGAGUGACUCUUAUCAAAGCAGACUGCCAGCUGACCUUGAAUGUAGAUAUCUGUUUAUUAAAUUAAAUACAACUCAGUCACUGACA